AUGGUCACUGUUGCUGUUACAUGGCCCUCUCCUCAGUCAAACCUCAUCAUCUCGAUCAUCUAUGCUUCGAAUGAUGCGGCGGAAAGGACCUUGCUAUGGUCUGAACUUCUAGAUCUCGCUACUACCCACAGACUGGGCUCCAAGGCAUGGUUAAUUCUUGAAGAUUUUAACCAGAUAAGAGACCCUCUUGAGCACUCGAUCCCUGCGACUCUAAAUAUGGAUAAGAGGAUAAGAGAUUUCAACCAAUGCUUGUUUGAUAUAAAUGUGGAGGACCUGAACUUAAGAGGAAACACUUUCACUUGGUGGAAUAAGCGCAAGAGCUCUCCAAUAUCUACGAAGCUAGACCGCUGCCUUGUAAAUGGAGAGUGGCACUCAGUUUUCCCUGCUUUGGUUGCUCUCUUCGGUAAUCCUGAUUUCUCGGACCAUGCAGUCAUUACAGUCUCUCUUGAGCCUGGUCAGCAAAGGGCUAAGAAGCCGUUUAGAUUCUACAACUUUUUCAUCCAGAGCCCGGACUUCCUCGACAUGAUCGCUGAGAACUGGUAUUCUUUCAACGUCAUAGGUUCUGCGAUGUUCAGAGUCUCUAGAAAGCUCAAACUACUAAAGCAAAGCAUCAGAACCUAUAGUCAUCAAAACUUCUCUGGUAUUGAAAAAAAGACAGCUGCUGCGCACGAGUUUCUUUUGGGGGCUCAGUCAGCCAUGCUUGCUGAUCCAACAACAGAUAAUGCUUCCUUUGAGCUCCAAGCUCUGAGUGCUUGGGAAGAACUAUUGGCUGCAGAGACGGUGUUCUUCUAUCAACGGUCCCGCAUCACUUGGUUAUCUCUUGGUGAGGGGAACUCUAGUCUGUUUCAUAGGUAUGCUGCUUCUCGUCAAGCUCUGAACCAUAUCAACUACUUAAUCUCUGAUUCAGGGGAGCGUAUUGAGUCUCAAGAGGGUAUUCAACAGCUCUGCGUAAACUACUUCUCUGAUCUCCUUGGUAGCCCGGUCUCUGCCCCGAUGUUUAUCCAAAGUGACCUCGACCUCCUGUUUGACUUCAAGUGCUCAGCUGAGCAGAUUAAGACAACAUGGUCUAUUAUUGGUCCCGAAGUUACUGAGGCAGUCCUCGAAUUCUUCAACUCCGGAACGCUCCUCAAACAGUGGAACUCAACCUCUUUGGUUCUUAUACCGAAGAAACUGAACGCCUCGACAACUGCUGAUUUCAGACCUAUAUCUUGUCUCAAUACGGUCUACAAAGUAAUUUCUAAUAUGCUGGCUUCUAGACUCAAGGAAAUUCUCCCUCUGAUGAUUUUGAAAUCUCAGUCGGCGUUCAUUCCCGAUCGUCUUCUAGCGGAGAAUGUUUUGCUGGCCACGGAUCUUGUGAAUGGCUAUCACAACCGUUCCCUAUCACCCCGUGGUAUGCUUAAAAUCGACCUGAGGAAGGCUUUUGACUGCAUAAGGUGGGAUUUCAUCCUAGCAUCAUUACGAGCCUUAGCUAUCCCGGAGAGUUACAUUCAACUGAUCUCAGAAUGCCUCACCUCGCCCUCCUUCUCUGUCUCCAUCAAUGGGGUUUCAGGGGGCUUCUUUAAAAGCACCAAGGGGAUCCAGCAGGGUGAUCCACUAUCACCGUAUUUAUUUGUCUUGGCUAUGGAAUGUCUGUCUCGGCUUCUCAUGUCUCGCUACGAGAUGGGUGCUAUUGGCUAUCACCCCGGACUAAAGAUCUCACAUCUUAUGUUUGCAGAUGAUGUCAUGGUCUUCUUCGACAGGAGCAGCGACAGCUUACAUGGGAUCUCGGAGUGUCUUGAUGACUUUGCUUCCUGGUCGGGACUGGAAAUGAACCCUUCUAAAACUGAGCUCUUUACGUCGGGUCUCGAUCAAGGCGAAUCAACAGCAGAUAUGGAUUCACCUCCAGUGCUCUCCCCAUCCGUUAAGCUCCUAUCCUUUGCUGGAAGACUGCAAUUACUGAAAACGGUUAUAUUUGGGACUUUUCUAUGGUCGGGAAACAUUGAAAAGCGUGGAUUAGCAAAAAUUGCUUGGACCACGGUUUGCUUGCCAAAAACAGAGGGAAGCUUAGGCGUAAGAAGCUUCUUGGAGUGGAACAAAGUCUUGUGCUCAAAGUUCAUCUGGAUCCUCCUGUCAAAAACCCCUUCUCUUUGGUCUGAUUGGCACUGGAACAAGCACCUGCAGGAACACUCCUUCUGGACCAUCGAGCCGUCAACUACUGACUCUUGGGCUUGGAGAAGGCUACUGAAGCUCCGCGAUCUGGCUCUUCAUCAGCUCAUUACACACAUCGGACCGCAAGGCCCUAGAGCUCUACGGUUGAGAUGGGACGAUGUAGUAGCAGAUGCGCUUCAAGAUUCAACUUGGAUUCUUCCACAUCCAAGAUCACAGCAGGAAUUGGACCUUCACUCUUAUCUUACAACCAUUUCUCUGCCUCUGUCCCCUGAUAUUGAUGAUAACUAUGAAUGGAUUGCUGGUGAUUCUCCUUUGCGUGUUUUCAGGUCCUCAACGACAUGGGAGAUUUUAAGGCCAAGACAAGAUGAAGUGGACUGGCAUGAUGUUGUAUGGUUCAAGGGAGCGAUACCCAAGCACUCUUUCACGAUGUGGGUGGCCAACUACGACAGACUGCCUACUAGGAGCAGGCUAGCGGCUUGGGGAAUGGCCAUCGCUACGGACUGCCCCUUCUGUUCGAGGAGCAUAGAAACCAGAGAUUACUUAUUCCUGCGAUGCGAGUACAACCCGUAUGUUUGGAGAGAGGUCUUCAUCAGAUGUCACCCUCCGGUAUCAACCUUUACGGAUUGGUCAGAACUCCUAUCUUGGAUAAGAGCUGUUGGGCCUGCGAAGCUGAAGCUCAUGCGGAAGCUUGCUACUCAAACGGUCAUCUUUCAUCUUUGGAAACAAAGAAACAAUUUGAUCCAUAACCAAAUCUCACUCCCGCAUGCAUCAGUGUUCUAUUCUGUUGAUAAGGAGAUGAGAAACAUUAUUUCAGCUAGGAAGCAUAGGAAGCAAUUCCAAUCGCUCAUGACCUCCUGGCUGAAAUGA